AUGGGUGAUGUUGGCUAUUGGUAAAAUAUGUAAUUAAUUAAAUAUUUAUAUUAGUAGGCCAAUCAAAAUCUUUAAACUGAAAGUUUAAACCAAAAUCAUAAAACUAUUUAUUCAAAUUCCAUGUAACUGA